AUGGACAUAGACUUGCUUCUGUACCAGUUCCAGAGAAGAUGGUGGCCUCUGUGCUCACCUUGCCCACCUCGAGUAAACAUGUUCAACCUGAUGAGCAACUGCUGCGCCUGGGUCUCCAAAAUACAGGAGCCAAUCAGGAGAGCAACCAUUUUGGUGGUUGGUCUUGACAAAGCAGGAAAAACAGCGUCCAUCAAAGGGAUGUUAAGAGUCCCUCAUGGUUUGGAAGCAGGACCCACCCAAGGCUGCGUGAGAAAUGAGCUGCGAGUGGAGAACUACCUGGUCACCUUGCUGGAUGUCGGGGGAUCGGCAGAGUCAAGAGGAGCCUGGAAGGAGCUCAGUGGAGAGGCCCACGGGAUCAUCUUCGUGGUGGACUCCAAUGACAGGCAGAGGAUAAAGGAGGUCAAGGAGGUUCUGGCUGACCUGCUGAAGCAGCCGAGAGUUGCAGGAAAACCCAUUUUAGUGUUGGCCAACAAACAAGAUAAAAUGAACGCUUUGCUGGGAAGUGAGCUGAUUGAGAUUCUAUCAUUGGAGAAGCUGGUCAACCAGAGCCGCUCUCUGUGCCAUAUUGAGCCUUGUUCAGCCUUAAUGGACCUGCGACGCUGGUCAGACAGAAAGACUCUACGAGGCCUUCGCUGGUUGCUGCGUGCUGUUUGUCUGGAUUACCCCGAGCUGUGCACUCGUGUAGCCCUGGACAGCAAGAGGCCUCUGGAACCACAAGAAGGGGAAAAGACCUGGAAAGCAGAGAAAGUUCGCAAAAAAACAAAGGUGGAACGAAUGAGAGGCAGCAAGUCAGAUCUUCGCCAAGUUCAUCGGCCAAAAGAAAAGGAGAAAAAGGCAAAGGGUGAAGGAAAACUGCAACCCAUUCGAAACAUGCUGCAAAAGGAAACCACUCUCAAAAAGAAGCUGAAGACAAAGAAGAAGAAGAAGCCCGUUAAGGCCAAGGAAGGUAAAAAAGAUGAAGAGGAAGCAGCAGAGCAGGAGGAGGAAGAGGAGGGUGACGGGAAUGAAGGAGAGCAGGAAAACGCUGGACACAGGGAGAGAGCCAGCAGUGCCCUGAUCCCCCAGAAGAAAGACAAACCGAAACGCAAAAAAAAGGUGAAAGAAGAGACUCCGGACGUGACAGAAUCACCAGACAAUGACGAGAAACCGCUCAAAGUUAAAGGGGAGAAGACGAAGAAGAAGAAGGUUGUCAAAGUAAAAAGGAAGAACAAGAUCAACACAGAGGACAUGUCUGGAGCUUAUUCUCAGCCUGUGGACCUAUCUGCAACCUUUGAUCUUUACCGAAAAGCGAUACUGGCUCUGAAGGAACGUCAGGAUCAGGGACAGUGACUGGGACCUCAGUGUGACGUCACACUGCAUCACUUCAAAGACUCGUCUUCAUCACUUUAUAGACUUCAGACCUGAUCCCUGAACCUUUGGAGCCAAUUCCAAUGAGUAGUGAAGGGCAGGUCUGCAUAAUCAUGUAUUAAUAAAAACAUUUAUAAUGUAAAAAAACAACAACUUUAGAGAUAAAUAUGUUAAUAACAAUGUAUACAUUUUAGAGUUAGAUAUGAA